AGAGUGGGCGUCGUUGGCGGCGUGGGUCCUACGGGCGUCAGGGACUGCAGAGGCCGCCAGCCGGCUGCGGAGGCAAGUGACGCACAGCCGCAGAUGGGCCUUCGGGCCUGUGCACACCGCAGCCGGUCACCCCGCCGGAAGGGGAGCCACCUUGCUCCCCGGUCACCACACUGCUCUCCCUGGACGUGUCCUGGAUGGAGACCGCAGGACCUGCCGGAACCACCGCCCCACUGACUCCUUCCUCCCCAGGAGGCUGAGCUCACCCCUACGCUCGCGGCCUACUUCCGGCCGCCUACUUCCCCAGCGCUCGCUUCCCGGGGACCCUGGGGUGCCCUCCGAGGCCGCGCCGCCGUCAGCCCCGAACCUGAGCGCCUUCUCACCGGCACCCAACACGGCCUCGACCAAAUAGAGACCGGUUUGAGGCAACCUCGCUGCCUGGUGGGAAGAGCCUAUUCGCCUGGGGCGUGGCCGCUGCGUCACCCCAGGGGUCACGGGGGGGAGGGGUCGCUGCGUCCCCUCUGCCUGGCACUCCGCAGUUCGAAAGCCGCGGGUUAGCCAAGCGUUCCCACUGCGCAGGCGCAGCGCUUCCAGGGGCCCGAGGCGCGUGCGCGUGCGCAGCGCGGGGGGGCUACGCUUCGCGGUUGCCUGGAUACGGCGACGCCACAAUGUGGACGCGAGCGCUGGGCGGGGCAGAGAGCGGCUGUGGGGCCUCAGUUCUGGAGGAGCUCGCUGAGGCGGUAGGCAAGGGUUCCCGCUCGCUGCGCCCCGCCAGCCUCCCAGCAGCCGACCCGUGAUCCCCCCUACUGCACACCGUGAUCCACGCCCCCAUCGGGGCCGACGCUGUCUGCCGAGAGCGAUGCCGCUUCCGCAGACCGUGUUCUGCGCGCAGCAGAUCCACAUCCCGCCAGAGCUGCCCGACAUCCUGAAGCAGUUCACCAAGGCUGCCAUCCGCACCCAGCCGGCCGACGUGCUGCAGUGGUCCGCAGGGUAUUUUUCAGCUCUAUCCAGAGGAGACCCACUUCCUGUAAAAGACAGAAUUGAAAUGCCUGUGGCCACUCAGAAAACUGACACAGGCCUGACCCAGGGACUCUUGAAAGUCCUACACAAGCAGUGUAGCCACAAAGAAUAUGUGGAAUUAGCAGAUCUUGAGAAGAAGUGGAAAAAUUUGUGCCUGCCAGUAGAAAAAUUCAGAGCUAUCCUACAACUGGAUCCUUGCGAGGACAAAAUUGAGUGGAUAAAAUUUUUAGCGCUUGGAUGUAGCACCCUGGGUGGGUCAUUGAUCACGGCCAUGAAGAACGCCUGUGAGAUCCUCACUGCUGACCCCGAGGGCGGGCCUGCUCGAAUCCCAUUCAAGUCUUUUGCCUACAUCUACCAGUACUUGUCCGGUCUGGACCCAGAGCUCCCUGCUGCAGAUACAGAAAGCUAUCUUGCCACUUUAAAAGAGAAGUCAGAAUCUAAAAAGAAUGGCAUGAUAGGACUUUCGGACUUAUUCAUCCCCAAAAGGACAAUAUAGAAAACCUCGAAGAGAAAGCUCUGAAGACAUACCAUUAAUACUGAGAGGAACACAUUUAAUGUCAAAAUAGUACUCUGAAAACCUUGGCAACAAAUACAACUUGUCAUUAAUCA